AGUUAACUAAAAUUCUAAAACGUAGUUGUCUAAAAAUGUAUUUUGUCCUUUUAUAGACUCACAACAGUCCAAAGAAAUACACAAUAGUAUUGUUGUUUAAUUUAUCUCUCAAACAUUUAACAAAGCAAGGAAGGCACCCAUGUAGAGUUUUAAAAAAGCUAUUAUUAAAAGAGCUAUAACAUUAAAAACCAUUAUUUAGUUGUUGUUUUUUUCCUUCCAUUUCUGCAACGUGAUCUUGUGAGAAUUCCUUUUUAUUUUACGUAAAGUAUUUUAUGUAAAGUGUGGAUCUACCACACAUACAAUUACUUUUAUAUUUGGACAGUAGACUGGAAUAAGAUUAUCAGUGACUAACAACUUAAAUUUAGCUAUGUACCUCAUACAAAAAUACUGUAUACUGCCAGAGAGCACUGUGAAUGCAUUUCCUUUAUACUGUAUAAAUUAAAAAAUUGUUUAAUGUUAGGUUUAGAGGUAGGAGUGGGAUUAGCUUCUCAAAAAUAUCUAUUUAAUGUUAUAAUGCAACAAUACUGUACCAUGUAUAUUUUACUGAACCUGUUACAUUUUAUUUAUUCAUUUUAUACUCAAUAAAAGUGGUUAUGUUGAGGGAUUGCGUAGGGUUUAGGGUCUAAAAUAAAUCAAUAAAAUGGUAGGAAAAAAAUAAAAAAACUAUACCAUGGGUUCUGUUAGAAUCUUAACACCUUGUUAAGCAGAAAGUGGCAAUUGUGGGAAAUACAGAUACAUGAUAACUUUUUUUCCUUACUCACGACUCAAAAUUACAAAGACAGGGAAUACAACAAUAGGAAACUAAUUUUUUAGAUCUUUUGACAGAUGAGAUGGGUUCAUCACUGUGUGAAGAAAGCUCACAUGCGGUCAGUGAGGUUGACAUUGUGUCAGCUGUACAUUCUCUUCAAGUGUCAGACACACCGAGACCAGACGGCAUCCCAGUUUCCUUUUAUAAAGACGGCAUCCAAGUUUCCUUCUAUAAAGACAGCAUCCCAGUUUCCUUCUAUAAAGACAACAUUCAGGAUCUAAUUCCAUAUAUAAAGACACUCUAUGACAGAAUCCACAGAGGUGCUUUCAACUGCUCUGAGAAACACUUUAAUGAAACUGAAAAGUCCAUAUGAUGAUAGCCAACACUUUUUUAACAGUUAGAUUAUUUCUUGGAGUCUCAGUCAAAGGGUCGAGUACCAAAAAAAUCAGCUACUGUAAUGAUCACUCCCAAAACCUUCUGCACUGAGAUGAGGUUGCCUUAAGGAUAAAACCCGACUCUGUAUCAAGAUUUCCUUAUUGUGAAAAACCUUCUCAGAGAUGCACCAGAAGCAGAUACUGAAUCUGUAGAAGUUUUAAUUGAGAGAGACAAACUGCUGGAUCAGGGCUGCCCUUUGACCCCAGUUCUCAUUACACUGGCUCUGAAAUGCUUUGUUUCUGCAUUAACUGGGCAUUUAAAACAGAAUGAUAUUCUGGUUUUCAAAGAAAGUGUGAUACUUUGCAUCCAACCUGAGGACCUUGAGGAAGUAAUAGCUGCUGUGAGAAACAGAGAUAAUGAAGUGUACUACAUUAAGGAAUUAUCCAAAGGAAAUGUUAAUGGUAAACAAUUAAAGUGCUUGGGAAAUGAGUCUAAGGAUGAGGAUUGGAAUAAAAGGAAGGAGGAAACACUUGUUCAUAACACAGAGGAAAAAUCAGAAGCCAGUUGGUCUAAAACAGACAAAGGCAAUACAGAGAGGAGAUUGUGUGAAGAGCGUGAUAUUUGGUCUAUUAUAAAUGAGGAAAAAGACAUUUUGAUAGAGGGUGAUGGAAGACAGACAAUGUAUGCAGUUGUUACCUUGCAAGACUCAGAUGAGGUGAUGGUGGCACCAUCACACUGGUUGAGCACAGACAAGAAACAAAGUUACUGGCCCCCAUUCAAAUCACCAGAGAAGUGCAUGGAAGCUGUUCAGAACAGAGUUAAACCUGAAACAGGAGGGAAAACAUGGGAGAAACUGAAUAUUAGCUUUCACAAGGAAUCUGUCUCUUUUGAUAAGGCAAAAGAGGGGCAAAAAGAAAUUACAGAACAGAAAGAACGAUCUUUUCUAUUAGCCACUGGAUUCCCUGGAAUACUACAAAGACAAAGACCUCUUCCUACACCAUCUACAUCCAGAAUGCCAGCUGACGACAAGGACGAUCUCCUCCAAAUGCUGAGAGACAUCAAGAGCACGGUUCAGGAAAACUCUGCCAUGUUAAAGAAACUACUGAAAGAGAAUACGGCCUCUGAAUCCCCCAGCAGUACCAGCUUGCCCAAUAAAGAUAUUAAAACAAGCCCAAAUCUGCCUCUUAGAACCUUUGAAGAUGUGGUCAGGACUGAAAUGGAGCUCACUAAUGCAACAACACGGCAAAAAUAUUUAAAAUAUCUGUCAAGGCUUGGAGGUUUUGGGGCCAAGGAUGUGAUUAAGAAUAUUAUGCAGCAAGUCCUAACAGAUGAUCUGGCUAAGGAGUUCAACUGGCAGGGGAGAGGAGAGAAAAAGGCCUUCUCUAGGCUUAUUUUAACAGAUGUAAUCCGAGAUGCUGCAUCAAAGCAGAGUGUGUUGAGGGCAGACUGUGAAGCUGAAAUAAAAGCUUAUCUGUGGCACAGAAUUAAUCAAAUCGGUCGGAAGAGACCAAGAGUUUGUGAAGGGGUGACUUGAGAAGUGACUUCUCUGUCAAUUAUGGACAGAGCCUUCCAUUCAGAGAUUGAUUGAUGACUGAGUUUUGGAACAUUUACUCAUAGAUCAUGUAAGCUGAUUACAGAUAAAACAUACAUUUUGUAUAGAACUAUAUGUGUACUAAACUAGCAUGACAUUGUGUGCUCCAAAUAUUGGCUCUUGUAAUGAAAUGCUUACAUGUUUUUAAUUUUUUAGCUAACUCUAAUUUCUAUUUAGCUAACUGGAGGAAAUAAUUAAAUACUGUGUUUGACUGUGAUAAUGUAUAAUAGUAGUGGUUUUAGCAUGUAUGUUCAUCAAUAACAAAUAACUCAAAUGUAUGCAAUUUGUUGUAAAUAGUUUAAUCUACAUGGGCUAUUUCUGUCUUUUAAUGUUCCACCAAAUAAGAUAAUGAUUUUGAUCAGAAUAAACCAUAAUUACACAUA